AUGGCACAUGUUGUGAUUGUACUACUGGUAGUAUGUGCAUGUUUCCAAUACGGAUGCAGUCAAGCGGGUUAUAGCGAUCUACAGAUUGAAAAGCUUUACAAAAAAUUUCUCAAAAAAUAUCCACGUGACUUUGGAAAUGAUAAGACGAGUUAUUUGGAGCGUUUGAAAAUCUUUAAAGAGAACAUGCAUCUUAUCGAUGCAUCAAACAGUGAAAAUACCACAGCAGUUUUUGAAGUUACAAGAUUUGCCGACUGGACUGACGAGGAAUUCAACGCGUUUUCGGGUCCACUGGUGGAUUCGAAUCGUGUUUACCGUAACGACGAAGAUGGCUGGAUUCAAGUGAGCUGGGAUGGUUCCAACUAUCCACCACACUGGGAUUGGAGAGAUUAUGAAGGCGUGACUGCGAUCAAAACACAAUCCUGA